AGACAGGCUGGUAUUUGUUGUGCAGUGAUGUUUACGCUAUAUAUAUAGUUUUUCUGCCAUGUUGUGUUGACAGUUAAAGAGCAGUGGAUUAGUUUACAUGACACAGUACUUCUCUUGACAUUUGACCUGUGUUUACGAGAAGACAGCUGUUAUCACAACCUCAUCAGGGUGAAAUAAAUGCGGUAACUUAUUCCUUUCGUGAAAGAAGUGAAUGUGGUCGAUGGUGCUGUGAUUCAGUUAAAGGUCAGGGGUCAGUUGCAUAAACGCAGUGACUAGGUUGAGAGAGAGUCUUAAAAACUAAUCUGACCAACUAUAGCCAAAAGGACAGUGGGCCGGUAUGUUGCCUGAUAAAGAUGGACCAAACGGAGGCGGAGGGGUCAAGGAUGGCCCCGGGACAGAAGACCCUUCAGUGACCCUGUUCAGAGAAUACCUGCGGCUCAAGACGGUCCACCCAGAGCCUGACUACGAUGCUGCUUUAAGGUUCCUGGAGCGGAUAGCAGCGGAGCUGGCUUUACCCAUGAAGAAAGUGGAGGUGUGUCCGGGUCGAGUCAUUGCGAUCAUCACGUGGGUCGGCAGCCGGCCGGAGCUGAAGUCUGUGGUGCUGAACUCACACACCGAUGUGGUUCCGGUUUAUGAGGAACACUGGAAACACGAUCCAUUUGCUGCUGUUAAAGAUGAGCAUGGCAACAUCUACGGCAGAGGAUCUCAGGAUAUGAAAUGUGUCACGAUACAGUACAUUGAAGCCAUUCGCAGAUUGAAGGCGGCUGGGAAGAGAUUUUCUCGUACUAUCCAUUUAACAUUUGUCCCAGAUGAGGAGGUCGGUGGUCACAAAGGAAUGGAGACAUUUGUGAAGCAACCUGAAUUUCAAAAGCUGAACAUUGGUUUUGCCCUUGAUGAAGGUUUGGCAAACCCAACCAAUGCCUAUACUGUCUUCUACGGAGAAAGGAACCCCUGGUGGAUAACAGUCCGCUGUCCAGGAAGUCCAGGUCAUGGUUCCAGGUUUGUGGAGAACACAGCAGCAGAGAAACUACGGCGAGUUAUAAACUCCUUCCUGGAGUUCAGAGCGAAGGAGAAACACCGGCUGAACACCAACGAGUGUUUUACUCUGGGUGAUGUCACCACUGUUAACAUGACCAUGGUGAAAGGGGGCGUGGCUUACAACGUGGUUCCUGCAGAAAUGGAUGUCAGCUUUGACUUGAGAAUCCCGCCCACCGUUAACCUGCAGGAGUUUGAAGAGAAGAUAAAAGCCUGGUGUAAAGAAGCUGGUGAGGACGUGACAUAUGAUUUUGCACAGAAACAUAUGGACCAGAAUUUCACAUCCACAGAGGAGAGUGACCCCUGGUGGCACGCGUUUAGCUCUACCUGCAAAGCAAUGAACAUGACUCUGAAAAAGGAAAUCUUCCCUGCUGCCACAGACAGCCGCUUCAUCAGGGAAGAGGGUCUUCCUGCCAUUGGCUUCUCUCCGAUGAAUCUCACUCCCAUCCUGCUUCACGAUCAUAAUGAGUAUCUGAAUGAGCAGGUGUUCCUGCGGGGCAUCCAGGUGUACGAGCGUCUGGUCCCGGCUCUGGCCAGCGUGCCGCCUCUGAGCGGCGAAGAGUAGAGGAUCUCACUCCUCCUCUCCUGCUUCAGCCUCUCACAGCUGCUUCUGCUCCUCGCGGUUCUCAGUAAAGAUGCUGAUUUCCGCACAUAUUGACAAAUGUUUCUGCCAUAACACCAAAGAAUGGGCUGAUCCCAUAUAAUGAAGAUCACCGUUAUGUUUGCUUUAACUCAGGAGUUGCUUUCUUUCAAUGAUGUCUUAGAUAUGCUUUUAAGUCUUAUUUUUUUAGCUGAUAUCCACAAUUAGGAGCUGAUAUGAACGGUUGUUUUAGUUCAUAAAGUGUAUAAUUAACACACUCAAAUUAGGCAGUUUGUGUCUUAUAUAUGAAAAAUGAAAAUGACUGAAACUGUAUAGCUAUGCUUGCUAUAGAUGCAUUAUAUUUUUUAAUACGAAUGAUUUUGAUGCAAACAUGUAGUUAUGUAUACUGAAAAUGUGUAUGGGUCAUUGAUUACUAUGAGACUUAUAUUGCACAAUAACUACAAUUAGAAUGAGUUACAUGUCAUGAUUUCAUGUUUUGUGAUUUUUAAUGUUACCUCAAUCUUUUUUUCUUUUUCUUUGAUGUGGUUGACUGGUGCUACUUUGCCCUCCUGAUUGAAAAGUUAAGGGGUAAUAUAUAUCAAAGCUAUCUGAAGUGUUAGUAUUAUUAUUUUUAUUACAUGGAGACUGACUUCAAAUAAUAAAUAAUAUAGCUUUAAA